GGAGGAGAUUGGGAGAACUGUAUUCCGUAUAACAAUAAUGAAAGGGUUGAAAGGGGAGACAGAAGAACCAGGAAAAACAGGCACGGGAAGCUGGGACCACAAUGCCGAAGAUGGGGGAAGGUGAUGCCUCCCGUCCUGCAGAACGUCGGAGUCAGGAUGGCCAGGUGUGGGACUCUGUAAAGAAGACAGCUUUUGUCCUGGGCACUGGGCUUCUCAUCUUUGCUGCCUUUAGGAAUUCCGUGACAUGGCACUUGCAGCAGUUUUGGGGAGCCUCGGGGGACUUUUGGCAAGCACAGUGGGGGAAGCUGCACACUUUCUUUGAUGGAAAUCAACUGGCGUUGUUCUGUUUGGGUACCAUGCUGAUGCCCACGCUUUCCUUCUGGGUCUUCAAUGCCAUGCUGAUGCUUAUCGACCUCACUGGAAAGCCAUACUUCAUCACCAAAUACCGGAUCCAGCCUGGGAAGAACGACCCCGUGGAUCCAGCCAAGCUCCGACAGGCCGUGAUCACUGUGCUUGCCAAUCAGGUCUUUCUCUCCUUUCCCAUGAUCGUUCUCAUGUAUCCCAUCAUGCUGUGGCGAGGAAAUCCCUGUGGCCCUGAGCUGCCUACAUUCCAUUGGGUCCUUUUGGAACUCACAGUCUUCGCGCUGGUUGAGGAAAUUCUCUUUUAUUAUUCACACCGGCUGGUCCAUCACCCUCUAUUGUACAAGCGCAUCCACAAGAAGCACCAUGAAUGGACGGCACCUGUAGGAGUGGUGUGCCUGUAUGCACAUCCCCUGGAGCAUAUUUUUUCCAACAUGCUGCCAUCCAUGGUCGGCCCUAUGGUAAUGGGAUCCCACGUGGCCACAACCAUGCUGUGGUUCUGCCUGGCUUUGAUCACCACCACCAUCUCACACUGUGGCUACCACCUGCCUUUCCUGCCUUCUCCAGAGUUCCAUGAUUUUCACCAUCUCAAGUUUAACCAGUGCUACGGAGUACUUGGGGUAUUGGAUCAUCUGCAUGGAACAGAUCUGAUGUUCAAGCAAACCAAGGCUUAUGAAAGACACAUUCUAUUAAUGAACCUUACACCACUAAGUCAGAGCAUUCCUGACACCCCUAAAAAGUCCCAAUAGUCUAAAGGGGGAAAUGUUAGAAGAGAAGUUGUCCCUCUUGAACAGAGACCUGCAAGGAUAUGGUUUGCCCUUAAUGUUGUGCUAAUGUACUAGCAACAUCCAGCGGGUUUGGGUGUGUUGGGGCUUUAAAUACUGGAGCCGCCCCCCCCCCCCCCACUCCAGUUUUUGACUGACUUAUGAUACUAAUUAUCUCUGUGAUUAAAUGAUAAUUAGAAGGUUAGAAAUUGUUCAUGGCUGUAGGUGCAUAGAAAAAAAACCCAGUGUCUGUGGAUAUUUAGCUGUAGAUUUAGGGUCCAUUGAGAACACUGACAUCACUGUGCACCAUAGUGGCCCAUUAGGUACGGAUGUUACCGUAUGUACAUUAUUCAGUAGUGACGAGUGGGAUUGGGUGGGUGCAACAGCAUCAUAUUCUUACACUAAUCACAACUAACUCGUGUGCCACAAUUAUGUUCUAAUUUUGCCUAAAACACAGAUAAAAUGUAUUAAAGGAAUCUCGGCUGCGUCCAAUCAUA